AUGGGUAUCUGUCAAGAAGAAGAUCUAGAGUCAUCAAACGUUGAACAAUUUAAUAAGAAAUUUCUAGAAAAUAAGUCUACGUCUUUUUUAAUAAAUAAUCAUCAUGAAUAUGAAAACCAUCCUAUAAACUAUAUCAACAAUAAUGGGAUGCUUUUACCCCAAACAUUCUUUGAUUCACCUUCGAGUAUUUUUGAUAACUUACUACCUUUUAGUAAUAACCCAAGCUCAUUCUUAACAGGCAGUAGGAAACUUCCAACUGAUUCACAAUUUGAAAAGUGUAAGAAAUUAAGUGGAUUGUCUGUAUGGGAUACUUCAGGUAUUUGGAAUUGUUUAUUCCCUAAAAAUACGCCCUCUGACGAAAUCAAUCCACCAUAUACUAAUCCUUUCAAAAGCAAUACAUCCAAUAACAAUGAAGGUAACAGCAUUAAUAAGUCUCGAUUUUCUACCCAUUGGGAACCAAAACUAUUAUCAGCUCCAAAUAAAGAAGAAGUACUUGCCGAUAAGAAACACGAUUUAGGGUUGUUCUUCUCGAAUUAUAAUGUUUAUUUAUCCUGGAAACUACAUAUGAAAUCUCUAGAGAAAGAUCUACUUGAGACUAAGAGAAAAGAGUUGAUCAAACAGCAAAAUAAACAAAUCAACUUUCCAAACACUCCUGAAGAUAUUCAAAUAUUUGGAUCGUCUUCUGCUACUGGAAAUGACAAUAAAAAUAAAAAUAUUAUCGGAACGUCACAGUCGAUUAGUAUGAAUUCUACCAAUGAGGGGAAACAGAAAAUUAGCCUCUACAAGACAUAUUUUGACGAUGGGACCGUUUCUGUUAAAACUGAAACUGAAACGACUCCUUGGAAUACAAAAAAGACUACUAAAAAUACCAAGGAAGAAACCAUUCUUGUAGAAGAUGACAACUCAUAA